CUUGGUUCGCUAGUCGGGAAUCGUAACCUUGUAGGAUUUCAUAAAAUAGCAGAUAGUCCAAAACACAAAAAAGAUAUCACCUUCCUCCAAAGGAAUCUUCCGCAUCUCCCACUGGCGGCGCCGUUUCUGUUUUCUCACAUCUCACUGCGUCACCCGUGAUCCCCAUCUCCGACGUCAAUGACUCAAUCUCCUUCUGCAAUGGCCGUCACUAUGUGGGGGAUGUCGACCCAGCCUCGUUUUCCAGCAAUGUCUUUCCACAUUUCCUUCAGAUCUCCCAUUUCGCGCUGUUACGCUUCGCUCUCUGAAUCUCAGUCUCAGGUUGCCGUCACCAACGGGAGCCUCGCUGGCACAGAUUCCGAGAGGCAUGUGAUUCGUCUUGGGUUACCCAGUAAAGGUCGCAUGUCUUCUGAUACUCUUGAACUUCUCAAGGAUUGUCAACUGUCUGUUAAACAAGUCAAUCCCAGACAAUAUGUAGCUGAAAUUCCUCAGCUCUCCAACUUGGAAGUUUGGUUUCAGAGGCCAAAAGACAUAGUAAAAAAAUUGUUAUCUGGAGAUCUUGACCUAGGUAUUGUGGGUCUUGAUACAGUCAGCGAAUAUGGGCAGGGGGAUGAAGAUCUCAUGCUAGUUCAUGACGCUCUGGAGUAUGGAGAUUGCCGUUUAUCCCUUGCAAUUCCCCAAUAUGGGAUUUUUGAAAAUAUAAAUUCACUGAAGGAGCUUGCACAAAUGCCUCGGUGGACAGAAGAGAGGCCUCUGCGAGUUGCUACAGGAUUCACCUAUCUGGGCCCUAAAUUUAUGCAAGAGAAUGGGAUUAAGCAUGUGUUUUUUUCAACUGCUGAUGGAGCACUGGAAGCAGCUCCUGCGAUGGGGAUAGCUGAUGCUAUACUGGACCUUGUGAGUAGUGGGACCACACUGAGAGAAAACAACUUGAAGGAAAUUGAAGGCGGAACUGUGUUGGAAAGUCAGGCGGCUCUUGUUGCAAGCAGGAAAUCCUUGAUGCAAAGAAAAGGAGUUCUGGAGACAACUCAUGAAAUACUUGAAAGAUUGGAAGCGCAUCUGAGGGCAACUGGGCAGUUUACGGUUGUUGCAAACAUGAGAGGAAGUAGUGCAGAGGAGGUGGCUGAGAGAAUAUUGAGUCAGCCAUCCUUAUCGGGGUUGCAGGGACCUACUGUAAGUCCUGUUUUCUGCAAACGCAAUGGGAAGGUAUCAGCAGACUACUAUGCCAUAGUCAUAUGUGUGCCAAAAAAGCAACUAUACAAGUCUGUAUUGCAACUGAGAGCGAUCGGCGGCAGUGGAGUUCUCGUGUCGCCAUUGACCUAUAUUUUCGAAGAGGAAACUCCGAGAUGGCGUCAGCUUCUCUCGAAAAUCGGGAUGUAGCUACUUAGAAGGUGAAAUGGUGGAGCCUUUUGUUCUUGUUUUUACUGCUAGCCACCGCAAAGGAAAAGAACUUCCACCUGUGUUGUGAAAGCCUCAUGAUGAAGAUGAUGACCAGAGCCCAGCUAUAGCUUUGCAAAUCCACCGAGGGACAUUUAAUGUGGCAGGGCUUUCUGUAUAUGAUCCCCUCUCCGUAUUCUGCUUGAGGAUGAUGAACUUCUUAAUUCUUGGCCUUUAAGAGUUGUUUCCUAAGUUUCUAGAGAUGUUUUAAAUUAGUUCAUUGUAAAUUUAUUUUUGAUAAAGUAAUUUUGGUUUUUGUUGGGAAUGUUACCAAUCAUUUGAGAGUAUAAAACUCUUAAGAUCAUUUUCAUCAAUAAAAUUAGAACUUUCAAUCUUAUUUAA